AUGGCUUUGGCUCUCACAACACGUGUCGAUCUAUCAUUCUCGCGCUACCAAUUCGACGAAUUCAAGAAAAACACUAAAGCCCGUCAAGUUCCUUUCGAAGAAAUAGACUAUUCGAUAUACAAAACAACCUCCAACUGUAUCGCUUUUACUACUAGCGAAGAAAGAAUUACCACGUGGAUUAAAACGUUUUAUCUCCGCUAUUGUGCCGAAGCAAUCAAAGAUGGCGGCACAACACUUAAGUCAACAUGGGAUGAAACACCAGCUCAAAACGAUGCGACCAAAUCGGAAAAGAUAUCCAUUACAUUGUCGACUGAGGACGAGAAAACUCAAGUAAACAUUGUCACUAUAAUAAUCUACUGCAGUACUGGACGAAUCCAGAUUCAAGGUAAAUCAUUACGUGUUUGGGGUGACAGUGAAUUCCCUAUCAUCAAAGAUCUCGUCGACCAAAACGUUAGAAAUACAUCAAAUUUCACAUCAUCAAAGAACAUACAAUCUUUCCUAAAAACUGUCUCGCAACCCCCAAUGGAAAAUGAAUGUGACGUAACAAAUCCAGCAAUUAUCACAGUCACAACCGAAGACCUCCCUCCUCUUUCAAAUCCUUCAAACCCUUGCUGUGAAAAAUCCCUUACCACCAUGAAAAAUAACAUGGCGGACCUCGAAUCGAGCUUUGUAUCCUUCAAGCAAGAGAUCUUCAAAUCAUAUGAAGACCUUAAACAUGAUCUAACAUCCAAAGAUAAAGAAAUUAAUAUGUUAAAGAAGAGAAUUGGCAGUCUGGAAGCAACAAAUGAACUACUGCGAAAGGAUAAUAUUGAACUGAAUAGCUUAUCCAAAAAGCAGAAACAAAUUGAGAAAAAAGUUAGUAACACCAUUGACCAAUAUAAUAAACUCAAGAAAAAUAAUGAAGAGAACCUUACCCCCCAAAAAGAAGAAUCACCCCAAUAUUCCGCGUCAACUGAAAAUGUUAUACCCAACAUUCCUACCCACAAUAUUUUUUCUCCCCUUAACGAGGAAAAUCCCAACCAUGACAUCUCAAUUAAUAUAUCACAAAGUUUGCAAGGUGAAACCAAGAAGGCCUCACCCAAAACAUUAGACGCAGAAACAGUCAUCCUAUGUGACUCAAAUGGGAGAAAACUCGACCCCAAACUGCUCUGCCCAAAUUCAUCCACCGAAUACCUAAAAUGUCCAACUCUAGAAUCAGCAAAUCAACUCAUAAACCAAUAUGAAUUCAAACAAACCAAGACCUUCAUUGUUCAUGUUGGUACAAAUGACAUUGAAAAGCUCCCAAUUAACAAAGUCACAGACCAGACAAGAUCUCUUCUUACCUCAAUUGGAAACAAAAAUCCUGAGGCACGGAUCCUGCUAUCAAAUCUCCUCCCUCGUAGUGAUGAACUCCUCCAAAAAGCACAGAACCUGAACAGAAACUUCCUCCAAAUCCCUACCGAAUUUAAAAAUGUUACCAACAUUGAACAUACAAACUUGUUCCAGUCGACAUCGAUCUUAUAUGAUAAAAAACACCUUAACGACAAAGGCAUCAAGAUAUUUGCUAAGAACCUAAAGAGUGCAUUCUUUGGAACGCAGAAGACCCAUCGACACAUCAAAACCAAACGACAGUUCCACCCAGAUCCAAAUAAACCAUUCCUCCCAAAUCCACUACUCCACUCAAAUCCACUACUCCACCCAAAUCCACUACUCCACCCGAGUCCACUACCCCACCCAAGUCCACUACUCCACCCAAAUACAUUCCCCCCUUCACACUUCCCCAAACCAUACUACAAUACUCCACCAUUCCAAAACUACGACCAUCACUUCCCACCAAUGGAAAGAAAUACAAAUCCAAACAGCCAGAAAAUAUCAUCAGAAGAUGCCAAAAAUCAAAAGAUCACAGAAAUUGCAAAGCUCCUCUAUGGUCUCUUUCAAUGA